GGUACCACACCGCAUGCAAGCGAGGUGAUCGUGCUUUGACACUAUGAAGGGUUCUGAUGUAAUGUACUCUCUGUUUGAGUUUGCCAAUAUCAGGCGAAUCCUACCAACGCCUGCGCCCUAUCGCGGUCAUGCACUGGUAACAGCGCUGUGUGACUUUGUGGCUUCGUUCUGGCGGCGGAUUUUCCGGACGGUUCGUCCUUCCCCGCACCUUCUGAAGCUGGCCCCCGGAGUGCGUGACUGCGUUUUUUUUCUGCCAUCCAUUCGAAUUCAUGCCUUCUGACUGCAUCUGAGGCGUUUCCAAUAUUUCAGGAUCCCUUUUCCGCUUUUUUAACGACCGUAAUUCCGUUGUUACCGGACUGGUGUAUGCCCCGUCGGACUGCUGCAUGCGUAGGACGGUGAGAGUAAAACGGCCAGAUUUCCUCUGUAUCGAUGUAAAGGAAAGCCGUUGCCGUGUUCUGUUUCUGUGUCGAUUUCCGUGUAGUUUGUAACUAUGAAGUUUGUGGUAUAAGGAACUAGUUGCGGGGACUGCGUAGGGCAAGCGUUGUGUAACGAGCCGGCUAGCAUCAAGCCGACGUCGCUUUUUGGCCUCCGAGAAAUCUCUUCGACCGUCCACAACUUUUGGGACGUCCGUUUACGGUGUUUUCUUCAUUGUUGAUUUGAUAUGUUUUGCCUGCAUCAUCUGGUAUUCCGGAUUCAAGUAGUUUCUGUUCUGACUGAAACCGGCGGCGUCAGGUGGAGCGCCGCCCGCUCCCGUUAUCGUCCAGCUUCAGGGUACAUAGAAUCCUCAAGGAAGAGUGGUUUGAAGGAUUCGAAGCGGGUAUUUCUCGUAAUCACGAAGGCGGUUUUGCACGCAAGAGUGUCCUCUGGUCUUCUACGUUAGAAUUUCAGGAUAUCUAGGCCGACAAGCCCAGCUGCGCAUGCUGUCAGUGAAAUUCGUUUAGUAACUGGCUUCCCCUUCUCUGGCUCUUACGCGGCGUCUCAGCCGGCGGUACGCUGGUUGCCACUUCGGCAUGCGUUUCUUCUGUUUUCGGGAUAACAAAAUUCUAUCCUUGCUGUACAGGACAACUGGAAAGUUUCUCAGGACCCCAACGCUGACCCCUUGCUACACCGUCGCUUCCCGAGUUCCGUUCUCAAGCAAGAGGCCCAGGAAAGGCACGCUAAGGGGCGGAAGUCGCUGCCUGGUGCAGGAUGCCUUGCGGCCGUCGCUGCCUCCCUUUAUAGGCCGCCUCUACAAGCGUCCACUAUGAGUUUAGUUGACUAUGGCUUCUAUUCAGAUGAGGAGGAGGAUGAACCGUUCGAGGCAGGGGACGGUCAAAAGAGGUCUGAGGCGGCGAAGGAGGCAGGAGAGUCUUCUGAAAUUGUAGGCGGUGACGUCGGUUUGACCCCACCCCCGGCUGCAGCAUCCCGACGAAGCGUCUCGUCGCUUCUCUCUGCAAGGGGGUUACUCGAAAACUCAGCGCCCCGGAUCGACUACGAUGACAUGGAAGAUGGACCCUCUAUCGAGAAGGCUUCUGACCCCGCAGAUGACUCCGACUCAGGUGUGCUGCCAAAGGCGGACAGACUCGAUUUGCGCGCUCGCACGGCGUUAAGCGCUUCUGGAGACCUCACAGACAGCAGUCCUGUGGACGGGAGUCUAGCGGUUUUGAGCAAUGACGAGGCAACGCAACAGACUUCGUCGGGAGUGAGCCGAGCACACGGCAGACAAAUGUCCAGCGGAUUGCCUCCCACUGCAGGCCAUGUCAGCUUGAUGCCUCAAGUGCCAGCAGGCGAUGUCCCACAGGAGCUUUUGCGAACAGUGGAGCGUCUUCAGCAGUUGAAGAAGCGAGGCAUCACGGUUAAUGGGAACAUUGCAGCUUCCCUAGACUUCAAAAAUCCUUACCUGUUAGAGAAAAUUAUGAAGGUAUUUGACAUCGACCCGUACUGCUCGAACUACCCCCCUUCGGUGUUCGACCCGGCAAGCGUGACUCCAUGGAAGCCGGAGGGCGGCAGCUCCUUUGAAGUUCAACUGAUGCGGCGUUUCGAGAGUCGCCGACAAACGAGACGGGUGGACUCACUCACGGGAAGGGAAACAGAUCGGGCAACUCCGCCACUCUCUGGCAGUGUCCCCACAGCUCCAUUGGCUGUUGGCUCUUCCGCUUCUACUACGAGUGCUAACGUGGUACCUUUGUCUGCCUCGUCCUCAUCGGAAUUUAUCCUUGGCCCGACGAACGGGAGUGUGCGGCGGAACCACAACCGGUCUGGACUGGAGCGAAUCAGCCCGCCGGCUUCUCUUGUCAGCGAUCCGACAGGCCCAGCAUCGGCCAGUGCUGCUGCGAGCUCUGCGGUGGCGGCUGCUGCACAGCUUACGGCUGUCAUCCAGCAGGCAGCUCUGAAGGCUGCCGCAGCUCAAGCAGGUGCCGUCGCGUCAUCGCUUCAGCAGCAGCUACAGCAGCGACUGCUGAGCAGUCAGACGGGUUUCUCUCACCAGAAGCCUCUUCUUGAAGCCCAAACGGCCGCCGCGGCGCGAAACCACGUGGGAGGACAGCUGAAUGGCCCUGGCGGCGUGACUAUCAGCAACUUCACUCAGCAACGGCCUGGACUGCGAAUUCCUUCUCCCUCGGGGGCGACCGGACACAGUUCAGAAACGGGUUGGACGAGCCGCGCUGACAACGAAGGAGAUGCAAAUGCCAAGAAGAGGCCGCGCGACGCGGGAACUGGGGCAUUUGGAACUCAGCAGACAUCGUAGGGUCCGCGGGGCUCGAACUAAUGAGGGUAGGCUUGAGAAGACCGCCCCACCCUUACCUUCCCUUUCCCCAGCGACAAUGGGCGGAGGUGCUGGAUGGCUGGGACGGACAGUGGGCGUGUCCUCGGCGUCUCGGUUGAGCGAGGGCGCUCGAAGCUUGCACUGCUCUUCGCCUUGUUUGAUCUUACCAAAAGUCGGGCCAGUUCGCUGCUAAACGCACCCGAUGGUGAACUUAAUACACGUUGUCUGUAUCCAGGAGAGACUCUCGGUUGCCUACGGUGUCGCAGGGGAAGUGGUGGGGCAUUCGCUGCUGAAGCUGCAGAAGGAGGCUGAGGCGACGACCUCGGAACGGUCGCUUGUAUCAAAAGGAGACAAGAGCAAAAGGAGACAAGAGAUGUGAAACUCCAUUUGUAAGGGCGCGUGGAGGUCCCUGUGCAGGAUCAACUCGGCGAUCCUGGUGUAGGCACAUUCUUUCUCGUAGCUGGUAUUGUUCUGUGUCUGUACUGCAGUUUUCUUCUCUGCGCAGUCUCCCGGCGACGUCUAGAAGUAUUCCCGUAGUCUCUGUUCUAUUCUUCCUAAUUUGCACAACCAAAAACCUGUAGUCUUCUUGUCACAACUGGAAUCAGUCCAUGUGUCUCGGAUGUCCUGUUAGCUUGGCUUGAUGCUACUCUGGUGGGUUCUCUGCCACGGCUUUUUAAACUGCGGUGGUGCGGGCGGGAGUGUUGCAGCUAAUGGUGGCGGCGCCACAGGUGCUGUGUAGCGAUCGCAGUGUCCGUUUUAUGCGGCACGGACAAUCUCUCUCCGAUAUGGUGAGCUUAUAAGGAGCAUUACUUCUCCGGAGGGAGGUACUGCUGCCCGGAAACUGCGAGCGUGGUUUUGGGUAAGGCUUGGUCACAACUGCAACUACAUUCCCCCAGGUUUCCUACUUCAGAAAAAACCUUUUUGACUCAA